AUGCUGCGGCCCAGCUUCGCGCGCGACAUCGUGCGCCUGCGGGCGGCACGAACAUUCCACUCGACGCUGUCAUCUCGGCUGCAGAGCACCGUGCUCGAGCCGGUGGCAACAGCCGAGGACACCGCAGAGACGGCGCCAGAGCGGCAGCCACUGCCCGACACGGGUCUCCCAGAUCCAAGCAAGUUUCCCCUCUACCGACCUCCACCACCUCCUAAGGAGAGGGAAGAGAAGAUCGACCUCGCCAACCUCCCGACGGAGGCGGAGAUUGACGUGAUGGAGAAGGAGCAGAUCACCGCGGACGCAAUCAAGCACGUUCCCGAGUACACGGAGGACGACCUGCGUGCGUUCUACAAGAAUGUAGUGUUGUCCGGCGCGGCUGAGAGCGCCCAGGAUCUCUUCCCGCAGAUUGCCGCGCCCGAGACCACCACGCCUGGCCAGCGGCGCUUCCUCCUGGGCGAGCUUGCGAAGCGUCUUGCGGCACCUGCGGGAGACGCCGAGUCCACUGUCCCAGCACUUCCUGAGGGCGUGGCGACGCACAUGGCACUCACGGCUGCGCUCAUGAAGGCCGCACCCGAGCCGACGGGCCUCACUGUCCCCCUCGGCCUCGUGACACAAUCCGAAUGGCGCGCUCUCUUCGACUCGUUCCUUGUACGGUCCGACCCAACCGGUGCUGAAGUUCUGCUCAGCACGAUGGAGCGGCACGGCGUGAUCCCCACCACCGACGACCUCAACGAGGUCAUCGAGCUUUACGCGGCCAAGGGCCUGACAUCUGAGGUCGCACGCCUCAUCGAGGACUUUGAGGCUGUCGGGCUCCCCGUCUCCGACUUCCACCGUGACAUGAUCAUUAAGGCGACGCUUGGACCGGAUGGGCAAGCACAACCCGCCCUCGACCUGCUGCAACAAGCCGAGAACCUCGGCCAGCCAUUCCCCCAGACAUCGUACAACCUCGUCUUGACCCGCCUGGUUGACGGUACGCCGACCGAGCUCCCCGAUCCUCGCACGCGUGCGACGGCACUCGACCUCUUCGCGCACAUGCGCCUCGCAGCGCAUCCCAUCCCGUCCAAGGAACUGUUCACGACCAUGAUCCGCCUCUGCGCAGCUCCGCAGGACCCGCAACCAGAGCGCGCUCGUGACUUGUGGCUCGAGAUGAUCGAGGAGCACGAAAUGCAGCCCACGGCCGCCGAGUACAAUGCGAUCAUCCGUGCUCUCGGCAGCACCAAGGCUGACUAUCUCGAGGCGUACGAACUGCUACGCCAGAUGCUGAGCAUGCACGAGGAAGCAACGGCGGUGCCGUUUGAGGACUCAACCAACAAACUGUCUCCCUGGGUACCGACGCUCGAGACAUUCUCAGCCCUUCUCGAGGGGACGAAACGCGCGGGCGACCUCGAUCGCGCUCGCUGGGUGCUGAACGAGAUGGUUGACCUGGCCCGCGCAGGUUCAUUUUCGGGCCACCCAGGGUUGCAGGGACCGGACGAGGAGAUGAUGGCCCACAUCUUCCAGACGUACGCUGCUUGGAGGCCACGCGUUAAGCGUGGCCACGUCAAGCACCGUGCAUUGGAGGGAAAGGAAGUUGCGGAGGAAAUUGAGGUCAUGAGGGAGGCGACAGGCAUCGAAGAGUAUGCCGCCGCUGAGAGCUCUCGAGCUUCGGAGGCGGGUGUGGCGGAGGAGGGCGCAGGGUCCGUCUCAGCCUCUGCGGAGGCAAGGGACUCGGCUGCCACCUCCGUGGAGGCGCGUUUAGCUUCCGAGGAGGUGGCGCCGGCCUCAUCCGACGUUGCUGAACUCGAGGAGAUGGAGGGCGACGCACCAGGCGGACCACUUAGCCGUGCGGACGCAUUGCGCGAGGCCACGGCCCUCUUCGAGGCCAUCCUCGAUGCAAACUCGCGGUCCGCGUCGUCGGCAACGAACCCGUUCCGCGGCGUAAAGGUCACCACGCGCCUCAUCAACUCGUACCUCGCUCUGCACAUGAGCCACUCGAGCCUCGAGUCGGCACGGCAAACAUUCAACGACACGUGGGCGAAGCUCGAGACACCCGCUCCCAAGUAUGGUUCCCAUGCCAUCCUGCCGAACGGCUACACUUACCUGGGUGUGCUGGAGCGAUGUGCCCGUGGCAUGCGGAAGGCGGACCGUGCUCUCGCUCAAGAGUGGGGGCGGGAGGCGUGGGUCCUGUGGCGCAAGUGGGCAGACAUCGCGGAGGCGGCCCUGCCUGCCUCCAAUCCUGCGAACAAACGCCAGCGGUUCCUCCUUGGGCUUGGUGAACGACAAGUAGAGAAAGUUUGGGUGGCGGCAAUCCGCCUCCUGGCGAUCGGGGAGGACACGCGCCGCUCUCUUAGUCUGCUGGACGAGUUUGUGCGCCUCUACCCGCCGGAGAGCGUACGGGACACGUACUCGCCAUACAUCGCACCCGAGUUCACCAUCCGCAUGACUAUGCCCGACAGCAUCGGUGAACCCAGCGUGCCGCCACACCUGAUGUUCCGCGACCUGGAGGUGUUGCACAACAAGCUGGUGCGCGACGAGAACUGGGAUGGCGUCGCGCGGAUCAAGUGGGCGUGUUCGGCGUACGAGAAGGGUCUGGCGACGCGGCGCAAGUGGCGUUCGCGUGGUGUUGGUGUUGCGCGUGAGGUCCGUCAGCGCGCACGCGAGCGGGGCGAAAAGCCGCCACCUCUGGAUUCGGCGCGCACGCAACCCGCCAUCCCCGAACCGAAGGAGUGGAGGCCACGGGAGAAGCGCAGGGGGAUGGGGCGAAAGACGGGUUGGAAGCGGAGAGAGUAG